AUGAGAGACGAAUUGGGUCAUGAAAUGACACUAUUCUUGGAAUGCCUUGGUGACUGGAUGGGUUUUGGGUUUCCUCGUGAUUACCAGACAAUCAUCACCCCCAAGACCGUGGCUCAUGCACUGGACUUUUGGGUCAGGUUUCCAGGCGAAAUGUUCAAAGAGAGACAUUUUUUUGUUGAUAACCAAAUCGAGGAUGAAGAGGAGGGUUCUGACAUGCAGGAUUCUGAUGGGGAAGAAUCUUCUACCGAAGAAGAAGGGGAUCCGAAGAUACUGAUUGCAAAGAAGGAAGUCGACAAUUCCAACAACCAACAAGAUGGAGAGGACAGUGAGUCAGAGUCGAGCUGGAUGGAAUCUGAGGAUGAAGGCUCUAUCCAAGACCAAGACGAUGACGUUCUUGUUUUCGAUUCCAGUGACGACGAAGGGGGUGAAAAUGAUGAGGAAAAGGAACGAAGAAUUCGAAAGCUUCGUGACUUUUAUCGUUGCGUCAUGGUGUUCUGUGAUCGUGAAAUGGCAGCGAAUCUCACAGAUCAGGAUAAAGAAAAAAUUGACACUACUUUGGAACCAGGUCAUGGCGAUAUCGCAAACAUCUUGGGAGCUCACCCCAACAAAACAGGCUGUACCUUGUUCGACGAGAUAUACCUCAUCCCGCCUCCAGAGUUCUGCUUGGAUGUCUAUGAAGUGAUACGCUUUCUCCCAAUUGGUCUCAGGGGUGUCGGUGGUAGAUGCUACCAUGAACCCCACCCUUCGUUGGAAGCAAUGUGUUUGUUGACCAAGGUAGUGAGUGCGGUCCUGUUCAAAAUCUAUUUUACAACCUUUUCACUCAAGGCCAAGACUGUGGACCAAGGAGGCGAGAUUCGUCGUUUGACUGAGGAGCUGAAUGCAGUGAAGGAAGAGAGAGACUCGCUGAAGCAAGAGUUGAUGUCGGUGGAACCCCGAAAGAAGCGAAAAAUCGACGAGCACGGAGACGGCAACGAACAAAAGAAGCGCAAGGUUGAGUCUGUGGAGGCGAUUGAUUCAGCAACUCGCCAAUAUCCGGCCGGGAAGUUGAGUCAGGAAGAUAGCGACAACGCUUGUUCAUUCUCAUAG